AUGUGUGUUUCGACUUACCUCGUCGGCGAGUUUCUCCCAUGUGAGGCAGCGGCCGCGGCAUUUUCAGCUCACUGCCUGAUCCUCCUAGAUCCCCGAUCAUUCUCGCAGGCGUGCUGUUUCGCUGUGCGUGGUGGACUUGACUGGACUAGUCCUGAUGACAACGUAGGCCCUUGUCAUAAGUGUAAGCAAAGCGGUGAGCCGGGCGGGUCAACUUCGAGGCUUUUGAAGCUGCUAUCGAAUUCAGGGCUUUCGAGGCUUUCAACUGCUAUCGAAUUCGAGGCUUUUGAAGCUGCUAUCGAAGUCGGGGCUUUUGGGGCUUUCGAGGCUUUUCAAGCUGCUAUCGAAUUCAGGGCUUUCGAGGCUUUUCAAGCUGCUAUUGAAGUCGGGGCUUUUGGGGCUUUCGAGGCUUUUCAAGCUGCUAUCGAAUUCAGGGCUUUCGAGGCUUUUCAAGCUGCUAUUGAAGUCGGGGCUUUUGGGGCUUUCGAGGCUUUUCAAGCUGCUAUCGAAUUCAGGGCUUUCGAGGCUUUCAACUGCUAUCGAAUUCGAGGCUUUUGA